GCGCCCGCGGGGGGCGGAGAGCGAGCCGCUCGGGAGUCCAUUCUGGACUCUGCACCCUUGCGUGUGUGCGCCCUGCUGCCCACGGGCCGCUCAGCGCUCAGUCCAUGGAAGGGGCCAGAUCCCCGUCGCCGGGGGAAGACCUGGAGCUCCAGGCGCUCGGAGGGCAGCCGGAGGAGCAGAAGCCUCUCAAUGGAACCGUCCAGGUCAUCCCUCUUUCGGUGGAGGAGCCCUGCCCAGCCCAGGAGAAGGAGGAGAACCCUUGGAGUUCCUGUAAUAAGAAAUUGAUUGGAAAGUGCAAACUGUGGAUGGUCAUCGCCUCUGUUUUCCUAGGUCUCAUUAUAGUCAUCAUAAUAAGCUUAUGUCUUAUUGGAGUAACUUACAUUGAUGAAGAUGCAAAUGAAAUACUUGAGUUAUCAUCGAAUAAAACCUUCUUGGUCGUGCUCAAGAUUCCAGAGGAGUGCGCUGCUGAGGAGGAAUGGCCUCACCUGCUCAUGGAGAGGCUGACCCAUGUGUACACGUCAUCCCCAUCGCUGAGCCAUUAUUUUACUUCAGUGGAAAUGACGGACUUCAGCGGUGAAAAUGCCACGGUAGCCUUCCAUCUGCAAUUUGGGGUUCCUUCGGAAGAUGACGGUUUUAUGAAGUACAGGAUGAAUAAGGAGUUGGUGCAGGGCGUUUUACUACAGAAUCUGCAUGAUCAGGGAGUGUCUGGCUGUGAGACUUUGGGACUGGACCCAGCAUCCCUCUUGCUCUAUGAAUGAAGGGAGGAUGUUGGUGUGUGUCUGAAGGCAGUGCUCCACUGAGUUUGGGGAAGAGAGAAUUCACAUUGUUUUUCAGAGAAGAUCCUGCAAAUUACCACAGAAGGCCUGGCAAUGCCUGGAGGGGUGGAGACCGUCCUUUUUCCCCCUGACUCUGCAUUUCUGAAGUCUGGGCUCUGUGUCCAGCUCUGUGAGCUCCCCUCGAGGGGUCUAGUCUUGGCAAAGGCAGGAAGCCGGUUUGGUUGGGGGUGACGGGGAAGGUGGGUGGGCCUUGCAGUGCAGGGUCACUGCCAGUUGCCUCCACCCACAGGUGCACACUUUCUCUUUAGGGCGAAGGUGACCUUUCAGGCAGGAUUCCCCCCACCUGUGCUGGUGGAAAGAGUGGGCCGGCAGGAGGUGAGGGACAACUGAGCCAAUCUCUCACUGAAGUCCUCCUCCCACUCCCAUUGUGGUAUUUGAUCUACCUCUGAGCAAGACUGUGAGGAAGGCACUUUACCCAACAAAGCAGCGAAAUUCUGUGUCUAAUUCCAUAACCUGGAGCUGCCUGUCUUAGCAAGCCAGCCUCGGGCACAUCAUCCAAUAUUACUGGGUCAUGUGUGGCUACAGAAAUAUGGUGUGUGUUUCUUACUUCUCAUCGCCUCAUUGCUCUGGUGACUCUUGAACACUGCCUUUGGAAACCUGGGCCCCUGUGUGUUUUGAGUUUUGGACACACUGCUAUCCUUGGGAUGGUUUGACCUUUAAGAGUUUCUAGACUUCAUCAGAGGAUUGUUAAGGCUGCUAACCAUGUGCAUGCUGACGCCUGGCUUUUUCUUGUCUCAUGUGACUCGCCUUCUUCUAAAACUCAGUGUCUUCAGGCAUUGAAUGUGUAUCCUAUUGAAGAGGGUUUGAAACAGGAAGAGCCGCUCUCUGUUUGAAAUAACCUGUUGGAGGCUUGAUGGCAAUUUGUUAACAGGAGGGGGUACAGUGUUAGCAACUGUAUUGAUCAUCUGCAGACAUAGCAUGGCCUAGCAUGAAGAAACCGAGGAUUUGUUUCACUGGGAAAAUUGUUUUGCUGGGAAUUUUCCAGGGGAAAGUGUGGUGGUCCUAUCACAAGAGAUUCUUAGCCCCAGGGUCUCAGUUAAAUGGGUCGUAGGUGGACGGCAGUAUGAGGGGCUGCCGUGGAUGGGGACGUGUCCAAACGUGAGUCUCAGGCUAGAUUUGCCCCAGUCUUUUUGUGAACUAGGACUCUGGAUAAUGUGAAUUUGCUUUCUUAUUUAACUAGAGGAUAUGUUUAUUGUAACCUGGUGUCUCAUUUUGAGGCCGGUUCCUCAAACUAGCCAAAUAGGUGCAUUUCCUGUCUUCCUUUUUAUUUUUUAUGUGUCCAAUAUAAAUCAUAGUGUGUGUGUACUUUUUAGAAUGUAAUGAAUAACUUUCACAGGGAGGGAUUUAAAACUAUUUACAAUAAAUUAUUUUUUGUGCGGGCAUGGUCACAGUCACAUUGAUUUCAUGGUGUGGAGUCUCUGCGGCGUGAUGGGGGCUGGCAUUUUCUUGCAGGGAAUGGUGCUGGAACUGAUUUUUCAUUUCCCAGAGGGCAGUUUCCCCUUCUGAGUAAGACUGAGCUGGAGGGGCUGGAGUGGACUAGGUCCUCCUCUGCUACAGGGAGAGCAGGGAGCGCCCUCCCACCCCUCUCUUUCCUUCCUCCCCUCUGCUUCCUUCCAGGGCACUUCCCUGGCAGGCCCAAGUGUCCGAAGGGCCAGGGCUGGUAGGAAGUGCCAGGACAGUGGGCUUUUCCCUUCUCCUUUGGAAAGCACUAAAACGCAACUAUCUUGACCCCUUGCAAGUCAUAUGGAAGACUUUCCAUAGGUUUGACUCUGGCUGGUGGUGUGGGAAGCGCUGAACUUUGUAACUUUGUGCCUAAAGCCUUUUGAGCUGUCUGAAAAAAAAAAUGGUGUUCACGUCUACACUGUUCUGCUGUAGGAGAUGAGUUUACUGGUUGUCAUACGUUUUCAUGAUGAGCAUAAUGCCUGGUGCAUCAUGAGGUCUCAGCAGCUCUCUCUGACGUCACUGAAGGAUUUGAGAAGAGACACUGGUCUUUUCUGGAGGUCUGUAAGAUGCGGGCAGAAGGAGUACACUCAGAAUAGUGGAAUGUGCCACUUCUCCCAUCCCUAGAGAAAAUUCUGUCCAUGCAUCCAAUUCUUUUCUACUUUUCAAUUUAACUUAGCUCUGUAGAUCAUUUUAAUGAUGUAUUUGCAACGAGUCCAGGAAAAAUGGCGAAGGGGAGGAUAAUAAUAAGAAAAGAAGCUGCUGGUCUCAUUAGGCAAUGAGACUCUGUGUAGACCAGAUAGGAAACAGCAGGAAAAAACAGACUGGCGUGAACCUGGAGACAGACUGUGGGGGUGUGGGUAGUCAGAGAAGAAAGUGGUCAGUGUCCUUUCAUUGGAGAAGGCCUUGCCUAGGAAGGACGACACAGCUGAGCCUGAAGCUUUGGUGGGGUUGGAAUAAACAGAUUUGCUUUCCUUUACACUUGUUUGUGUCUGAUUAGGAUAAGGUCACGUUCUUUCUUUUAGAACAUUUUAAUACAUU